AUGGCAUCCCCCGCAUCCAACGACUUCCGCAGCGACACCUUCACAACCCCCACGCCCUCCAUGCUCUCCGCAAUGGUAAACGCCACCUUCGGCGACGACGUCUACCAAGAAGACCCCACAACCGGCGCCUUCGAGACCGAAAUCGCCCGCCUCACCGGCAAAGAAGCCGCGCUGUUCACCCUCUCCGGCACAAUGGGCAACCAGAUCGGCGUGCGGCUGCACCUCAGCACACCCCCGCACUCCAUCCUCUGCGACUACCGCGCGCACGUCUACGCCGAAGAAGGCGCCGGCCUCGCAAUCCUCUCCCAGGCGAUGGUCACGCCCGUGCACCCCGCCAACGGGAUCUACAUGACGGCGGAAGACGUGAAGAGGUGGGCUGUGCUGGGGGACGAUAUCCACGUUGCGCCGACAAGGGUGGUCAGUUUGGAGCUGACGAUUGGGGGCGUGGUGACGCCGUUGGAGGAGAUAAGGGCGAUAUCGGAGUUUGCGCGCGCGAACGACAUCGCUGUGCAUUGUGAUGGGGCGAGGUUGUGGAAUGCGGUUGCUGCGUCGGGCCAUUCGCUUGAGGAGUAUUGUCGGUAUUUUGAUAGCGUGUCGAUGUGUGUGUCGAAGGGGCUGGGCGCGCCUGUGGGAGGCGUGCUUGCUGCUUCGGAGAGGCAUAUUCGCCGCGCGAGGUGGCUGAGGAAGCAGCAGGGUGGGGGCAUUCGGCAGGCGGGCGUGUUGACUGCUGCUGCUAUGGUUGCGUUGAAGGAGGUGUGGCCGACUAUGAAUGAUACGCAUGCGAAGACGAGGAGGUUGGCGGGGGAUUUGGGUGAGAUGGGCGUCGUGCCGCAGAUUCCGGUCGAUACUAACUUUUUCUUCAUUGAUGCGAGGCGGUCGGGGAUUGAUAUGGGGGUUUUGUUGGAGGAGUGUGGGAAGAGGAAUGUGAAGUUGAUGGAUGAGAGGAUUGCGAUGCAUCAUCAGAUUAGUGAUGAGGCGAUUGAGAAUCUCAAGGCUGCGAUUGCGGAGGCUGUGAGGAUUACCAAGACUCUGCCUGCCGAUUAUGUGCCUAAGAUCCAGCCGGCUGGGUAUGGGAGCACUUCGAAGAUGAAUGAGUAUAGUUGA